AAUCAGCGCACAAUUUUACCCCGGAUAAGCUUGUCAAACCUUCCCCACCAAAAAUUCUGAAUAAAGCCCCCUAUCUACUAGACUAAAUCCGUUUCUCCAUGCGCCUGCGCACUUCAUAUUUUUAGCUCAAUUAUGAAUAAUUCAUGAUCAUAGCGUUUCCAUGUACGGAAAAAAUAUUCGAGGCCGGCCCGGCCCGCUGAUCUGACGUGACGCAAGCGCCAGCUGGCCGGCCGGGGCGCGGCGCGGCCCGUGGAUAUUAGAACGAUCGAAGAGGACAUCGGUGUGUGUUUUCGAAACACAUUCAGCAAUCAAGCCCUUGGUGUUUCAAUCUACUCAGGAGUUGCCAAUUUGCAUAGCAAACAACCAUGGGGUGUGCUUGCCUUGGAUCACCUACAGAUGAGCCGGAUUCAGGGCGUCUGAACCCGAAGAAGGAGAGACACUGCACAGACAUUCUAUGUAUGCUCCUCUUCAUUUGUUUCUGGAUUGGCAUGUUCUUGAUAGCUGGUUAUGCUGUUGUAUUUGGUAAUGUACUAAGGGUUGUUUUUGGCUAUGAUAGCUAUGGCAAUGUUUGUGGGCAGAUGAACAAACCGAUAGAGAAUGUAAGCUUGUCUGGAAUGGACAUGACAGACCGACCAUUUGUCUUCUUCAUGGAUGUACGAUAUCCCAAGGACUCCCUUGAGGUCUGUGUAAGCCAGUGUCCUAACAGGGUGCUAAACUCAACCACUGACUACAAGACUUUUGCAGAGGAAACUGAUUCAAAAAUCUGCAAUUACCCUGUUGAUUUAGCAGACUAUGAAACUGCAGGAGUUGGCAUCAAUGGACCAUGCCCCAAUGUUGUCUUUGCCAGUAAGCCCAUCAUCAAUCGAUGUGUUCCUCAGGAUCUUUUUGUCAUUGCCAAGGAAUACAUUGAGAAUAUCAUCUCAUUCUUGAAUGCCUCUGAGCUCCUAUCCAAGGCAUUAGUUGACCUCUACAUGGCUAGAUGGAUCAUCCUUGCUCUCUGUGCUGUAUCACUUGUCCUGUCCUUUAUCAUGGUGGUUUUAAUCCAUCUAGUAGCUCAAGUCAUAGUGUGGAUCAUCUACUUUGUUUCUGUCAUCGGUUCUAUCGCUGGUACUGCUGUUCUGUGGUGGACUUAUGUAAUGAAGAAGAAAGCUUUGGAUGCAGUAGAGCCUGCAAUGCAGCUUGAUGCAGAUGUGCGAAAUGUGAAGGCUUUUCUUGGUUUCUCUAUUGCUGCUACUGUAUUCACUGUCAUAUUGUUUCUCAUCAUCUUGGUGAUGUGGAAACGGGUAGCUUUUACAGUGGAACUGUUUGGGCAGGCUGGCAAGGCCAUCAGAGCCAUGCCUUUCCUGCUGAUCCAACCUUUCUGGACGUUCAUCAUUCUCAUCAUAUUCUUUGUUUAUGUCACCAUCGUCUUCAUUGCAAUCUCGGCAACAGGCUAUCCCCUAGUGACUGAACCUCAUGGCUAUGUGACCUACAACCCUCCACAGCCUGUACGCUAUAUGUGGUGGUACCAUGCUAUAGGGUUUAUCUGGACAGCUGAAUUCAUUCUUGCCUGCCAUCAGUUUGUCAUUGCUGCAUGCGUUGUUGACUGGUAUUUCACAAGAGACAAGAAAAGUUUUAGUUCUCCUAUCCUACGCUCUACCGGUCGAUUGAUCAGGUAUCACAUUGGUUCCAUGGUGUUUGGAUCCUUCAUAAUUUUACUUGUCAAGGUACCCCGGGCAAUCCUCAUGUACAUCCAAUACAAAUUGAAAGACAGUCAGAACCCUAUAGCUCAAUGCAUUCUCAAGUGCCUCAUAUGCUGUCUAUGGUGUCUAGAGAAGUUUCUCAAGUUCUUGAACGAACAUGCCUACAUCAUUAUUGCUAUUGAAGGAGAUGGUUUCUGUAGUUCUGCUGCAAAGGCCUUCACAGUUCUGUUGUCGAAUGCCCUGCGUGUAGCGGCUAUCAAUUGCGUAGGUGACUUUGUCCUCUUCUUGGGCAAGCUGAUGGUUGUUGCUAUCACAGCAGCAAUUGGUGUUGCCAUCAUGGGGACGAACGAGAGUCUGCUCUUCUAUGCCAUUGCGGCAUUGAUAGUUGGAAUAUUUUCAUACUUUAUAGCAAGCAGCUUUUUUCUUGUUUAUGAGAUGGCUGUGGAUACCCUAUUGCUCUGUUUUUGUGAGGAUGCUCGCAUCAAUGAUGGCUCCCCUGACAAACCAUACUUUAUGGAUAGAGAUCUUAUGGAAUUUGUGAGUAACAGUACUGAUACUAUCGAUGGCUUGGAGAACAAAAAACGAGUAAGGGUGCCUACUGAAGAUCAACCAGAAACACACUCUAAACCCCCACCGUCUGUUCCUUCUGAUGCUGAAGAUCAACCUGAUUCUGCUCAACCAGCUACUGAAUCACUUACAUCAUCGGAGCCUGCACAGCCCACCCAAUCAGAUAAUAUUGAAAUUGAGGUUCCUGAGGGAGACAGAGGAGGAACCUCUCCAGCUGUGGUGUAAUGACUGUCUAUUGCAAACUGCCUUCAACAAGCAGCUCAACUUUCUUGUUUUCAUCACCCAUGUUUCCUUAUCUUCUGUUUCUUUGUAUGGAUUUGAUUUUAUGAUUUUUUGUCUUUGAUUUUAAAACUAUAUUUUGAAAUACUGUAAUGUCUUGAGAGUCAGGGGGUGAUUCACGGACAGUUAAAAUCAAUGUUUGCAAGAUGAAGACCAACCAGAUAUUAGAUUUUAUCUCAUUUCAAAGUUGAUUCAGUUUGUUGGUGAAUUAGCCCCAGUUAUACAUUUUCAGUGAACCAAUAAUUACAGUGUGCCCCCCCCAAUAUAACGAAACUGUGAUUGAUCGAUGAUUUAUCAUUACUUAAUAAUAAUUUCAAUAGACAAAUGACCUAUCAUUGUAGAGUCUCCUAUUUCAGCUGGUAUAACACAGAAGAUUUAUCAUUGAAAGAGCAAUUGAUUGAAUACAUUGAAGAGAGGAUACCAAAAAGUCACUUCGUGGGCAGUAUGUGUGUUUAAUAAAAAAAAUCACAUUUUGAAAAGUUCAAUAUUUGCUCUUUAAUUUGAUACCUCAAUCACAGAAAGUGGUCCAGAAAUUACACUUCUGUUUUUUAAAUAAGACGUGAAGUCUGAAAUAUAACAUGAAGAGGUUUUACAGGUAAGUUGGACAGACUAUCUUGACACUCUGUUUUGUUGAUGAUCAGCCAUGCAUGAAGCCAUCAUAACUGUGUGUUCGAUUUGAUGGGAAAAUGGAAAAAAAACUUUUGUUAAAUGACAUUAUGACAAUACAAGCAUUGUUUCAAAGAAACAGAACUUUGUUAUUUCUUAACCAUUUUGUAAUUGAGGUAUCAAAUCAAAGAGCAUAUAUUUUAUUAUACUUUUCAGACGUGAUUUCCUUUUUGAACCUCAGAUACCACCUGCCAAGUAUUCUGUUUGGUAUCCUUCAAAUUGUUUUGCUCACUUGUACGUGAAUGAGAAAUCUUCUGUUAUACCAACUGAAAGAGGAGACAAUAAUAGGUGAUUUGCCUAUUGUAUUUGUGAUUAAGUAAUGAUAAAUCAUCAAUAAAUAUUGUAUUUGUUUUCUAUAGGAUGCACUUAAUUAUUGAAGACAAAGAAUUGAAUUACUAUUGUACAUGUAGAUGUUAAUAUGAAUUUAAAACUAAACUUUAAUAUGAAUACUUUACAAUGAAGGCAGCUGGGUGAUAUAUGUGAACCAUAAUGAAUUUGAAAUUCUCUUAACUACUAGUACAUGUAUAAUAUUGAUUUGUUAAUUUUUUUUCCAUGUCAUGUGCUGGCAAAUAUGGUGGAAUUAAAAUUGUAAUCAGCAUCAGUUGAGACUGUUGCAUGUUUUCCUCCAAAAUAAUGAUUCACAUGUGUGUCCACCUAUUUCUGUUGCUAUGGCUUUAAUAACUAUUUUGAACUACAUAACUGUAAUACUAUGCCUCUUCACAAAUACAUAUGGCCACUUAAACUCCCCUUUUGAAUUUUUUUUAUUCAUCACUAUUUAUGUAAUUCUCCCCAAUUCUAUUUGUAGGCCUACAUGCUGAAUGCUGAUAUACAUGUAGAUCAUGAGUGAGUGAACUGAAUCUGUGUUCAUAUAUUUCCUCUAUGCAGUGUAAGAAAUGAUAAAGAGAUUUAAGUAGUUUCUUUCAUUGGUAGUUUACAGGGAUGUUGUAAUCAUUGUGUACAUACACUGUAUACAAUUCCAGAAUUCGAAUGAUUUUAUCCAACGCAUGAAUUGGAUUUUCUGGAGCUUACAAGUUUUGCUGUCUUCGAAAGUGGAGAUGAUUACAAGUGAUGACAUGUAUGUAAAAUUCAGUUUUUGUAUCUUAAAACAGUAUUCGUUAUUGUUGAUGAUACUAAAAAUAUAGAAGCUUAUAUUAUUCUAAUAAUUUCUAUGAUAUUAAAGAUGCAUAGAAAUAAAAGAAUGCACUGAUAACUCAAAAACACAACAAUGAGUUGCUAAAAUUAGACUAGAUACUGGAUCUCUGAAAGUUUACUUCUACAAGACCAGGGCACCAUUUCAUAAAAAGUUGCUUCUAAAGCAACUCUUGCUGGAAUGUCGACUUCCAUUGGAAGAGUCAAUCAGGGGAGCGUUUCAUCAAUAUUUUCAUCCAACAAGUUGUCAGAUCUGACAUCUUUCAAUGAUUUUGAUUGGCUGAUAGGCACUGUUCCUAUGGUAACUGUCGGAUAAAACGUCUGACAAGUCCUUUCAUGAAACGCCCCCCAGGAAGUAUUCCUCUUUUUUGUUUUUUUUUUGUUUUUUGUUGUUGUUUUUUGGCACAUGGAACUUUCUAAGAAAAACAAAUGUCUACUGAUCAAAAUGGCUGCCUGUUGUCAGCCGAUGCAUGAAUGUAGGCUCACUGAUUUCGCGCAUGCGUAGCUCAUCUCGCAGAAUCCGGUAACGAGAAUUUAUGAGAUAAAAUGAUUAUUUCACAUUAUUACAGCAAUUUAUAUUUAUGAUGAUAAAAGUUGUUAUUCUUUGUGUGUAAACUGCCUACCGUAUUUUGUUGUAUUUUGAAGAAGAAAAAAUCAUAUUCAGAAACUAAAAGACAAAGCUUGUAUACAAAGUAUUCAUUAUUUUUAUUUCUUUAAUAAAAAGAAGCGUAUUUAUCAGCGCAAUGUUUGUUUGUAGACCAUAGAGGCUUGAUAGAUUAAACUUCAUGGCAUGUAUUUUAUCCCAUUAAACUACAUGUAUUUAAAAAUAAAACUGCUAAUGUCAUGUUUAACUUCUUGAUGUACAUAUUGUAUCCAUGUUACUUGAAUAGCCAUUCAUUUGUCUAAUUAUGCAAUUGACCCAGACUCAGAAAUGGAAAUUAGAGGGAAAAUGUAUGCCUCUUGUACAAGAGUAGACCAGUUCCAUGCUUCACAUAUGUAACAUGUAUGAUAUCAGUCUUGCCUAGAGGGGAUCAUCACUCUGACAUUUAAAACGAGAUUUUAAAAACCUCAAACUCCCAAUGUUGAAUGUCCACCUAAACAAUGUUACCUGUAAACAACAAUACUAUUUUAGCUGAAUAAUAGAGAAGAUUGAAUACCUUUCAAGUCAUGAAAGUCUACCUUAUUUUGAGUUGCUGAUGUCUCUGUCUGAUUUUGUAUAACACAUUUCAUAUUAUGAUUGUUGUAAUUACUUCACAUGAAAUUAUCUGCAAGUAAUAUAUUUGUGUAUAGAUAUUUUGCCUGAUGCUACAUGUAUUUGGUUGGUAUAUUGUUCUAUCAAUGUUAUUUACCGUAUUGCAAAUUUUGUUUACAGUAGCUUUUGCAUAGAGCCACUUGUACUGCAUACAAAUGAUUCACAGUGAAACCCAAGAAAGCCAAACAGAGUGAUGAUUAUCAAUGAUAUAACCUAAUCAAACAUACAAUAGACAAAUGCAGAGUGGCCAACUAUAUUGUACUGAUUUUAAGUAUUUAGUACUGAAAAAUGAGAACAAUAUUGAUGGUUUCAUGCAAAAUACUGAUUUCUAAAGUUGUUGGUUUUAUGUGUUGUCCUAUGGUAUUUCCUAAUAUAAAUAAUGAUUUUAUAUUACUGACAGCUUUACCUAUCAUUAUAUAGCACCUCCUUCAUCAGGUAUAACUUACAUGACUCACCUUUCAUGUGUGAGUGAGCAAAAGCAUUUUGAUCAUGAACAGAUUGAUAUCAAAGGGACUGUUCAAGAUCAUGUGAUAAAGAAAUCUGCAUUUUUUUUGUCUCUUUGUAAGUUCAGCAAAAAUAAAAGCUCUUUGAUUGUUUCAAAGAAUUGAAACAGAAUUUGUAUGAAAAAAAAUAUAUAUAUAUAUCAUUUGUACAUGUACUUUCAUGGAGGUGAUUUAAAUUGCUAUUCCAAUCAAAAUUUUAGUCAACUUGAUUUAAAUCCACCAACCCUGAUUGGAGUUCAAGCAUUGUAAACUUCACAAUUUUCUAUGAUCAAGGUAUCAAAUUAAAGACCAUAUUUUGUUUUUUUUUAAUUCAGACACACUUUGCCAAAGUGCUUUUUGGAAUUAUUCAAAUUGGUUUUUACUCGUGCAUAAAUGAUGAAUUUUCUGAAUUAUACCAUGCAGGUGAAAGAAGAGACUGUAACCUUUAAAAUUUUAGGGUAUUUGUCUAUUGCAAUUAUGAUUAAUUUAUAUAUCAUCAAUGGAUAAUUAUCGCUUUUGUUUUCCUUGGGAUGCACUGUGUAAUGUAAAAAUAUAUAUAUUUGAAGAGUAUGGUGUAUUUGUGACAACUUACUGUAGGAACAAAAAUUUGAUGUAGCAGUAGCAAUUCAAUAGAGCAUGUAAAUAUUUGGUGAAUGGAAGUAAAAAAAAAAAGAAGUGAAUUCUAUGAUAUGAAAGAUAAGAAAAUUAGUUUAAUGUUUAUUACUUUUAAAGUAAAAUUAAAUGCUUUAUCUAUCAUUUUUUCUCUCAAGGGGAUGUUUACCCUAAUAAAAAGUUUAUUGCAAAAGUAGCCAAAAAAUGAUUAAGAAAUAUUAGUAAAAGUUUGAAGAAAUUCCACCAAAGAUUUUAAAGUUACUAGAAUUUUAUUUUUUGUCUCACAGAGCAGAGCGAGACUAUGUAGGCACUGCUUUGCUGACGGCGGCAGCAUAUGGACCUACUUCAUGAAUCCUGGACAUUAGAGUAAUCAAGUAUUAUUGAACAUCCUGCUUGAGUUUCAGGUCACAUGACCAAGGUCAAAGGUCAUCUAAGGAUGAACUGUGAUCAUCAGUGUUGUUGGGGAAUCGAAAUCUUUAAUCAAGGUUCAGUUUUUGAAAUGUCACAACUUUAAAAGAAUAUGGAUCUAGUUUAUGAACUUUGGCUAUGUUGGGGUGUUUGUUGAAUUGCUCUCAUAAAAUGUAUGGAUUUAGUUAAUGAAACUUGGACAUGAGAUUAGUCAAGUAUCAAUAAAUAUCCUGUGCAAGUUUCUGGUCAUAUGACGAAGGUUAAUCAGGGCCAUGUUGGGCAAUCAACAGUGAAGUUUUAAACCAAGGAUAAGUUUUUGAAAUAUCAUAGGUUGUGGAUCUAGUUCAUGAAAUGUGGACAUAUGGGUAAUUACGGGUCACUGAUCGUCUUACAAAAGUCUUCAUUCACAUGAUCAAGGUCAAAUGUCAUUUUGGGUCAAUUAACUUAGAAGUUAUUAUCAUAUGAAUUUUAUUUGUAAAUAAAAUUUUGUUCAAGUCAUUUUUUUUUCAAAGUCAGCACUGCUGCUAUACUGAAAUCAUGUAAUGCAUGCAAGACAGCCAGAGGCAUUCCACUUUUUUUUUUAUUUGUAACUUCAUAUGUGAGUAGUUUUCCCAUACAGCAUAUUGUGUUGUAAAUAAAUCAGUGAAAUUUCAUUUUCGAAAAAAAAAAGAUUAAAAUGGUUUUCGUUGUACCAUCAGUGUAUUAACAGACACAUUUCA